AUGGAAGAGGGAAUACUACCAAAUGUCUACAGUUCACACCGUUAUUUCCUUGAGAACGUUCAAUUCGACGACUACACCCAGCGCAUCGUUCUCUCCGUUUUCUUCAUCAUCAUAGCUACAUUGGGAAUCUUCGGCAACAGCCUGGUCGUCUUGGGCGUCAUUCUGUGUCGGAAACUUCGAACGGUGACGAACAUUUUCGUCGUCAACCUCGCCGUUGCCGAUUUACUGACCGCCAUGACGAUUCCUUGGAACGCGGUGGCGCUGCUCAGCCGGGGCGGCUGGCCUUUACCGGAGUGGGUGUGCGUGGUUGUCGCGCUGGUGAGUUUUACUUGCGUGGGAUGCAGUCUCUUCACCUUGGCCACCAUCGCUAUCAACCGAUGGCUUGUCAUCACGCAGAGUUUGAAUACUUUUCGUAGAGUUUACACCCCGGUCAAUCUAACCUUCAUGAUCCUGGCCAUCUGGUCUGUUCCAUUCCUGGUCGCGCUGCUGCCCCCAAUGAUCGGGCUCGGAGAGCUUGGGUACGCCGACAAAUACAGCACAUGCUCACACAAGACCACGCACCCACUAUCGGACUACUACAGCGUUCUGCAAACCCUGAUCUUCUACCCAGUCCCACUCGUAAUAAUUAUUGUUUGCUACGUGAAAGUGUACCUCCACGUCAGACGUCACAUGAAGGCAAUGACCGAGCAAGCGGAGGGAUCCUCUUCGUCAAUGCAUGCCAGCUUGAAACGACAAUCCAGCCAGCAACAACUUCGUUUGAGCAAACGACAGGUCGAGAUUACCAAGAACUUAUUUUACGUAGUCCUCGCCUUCUUGAUCUGCAUAACGCCUCAUGGUGUAGCGCUCAUGAUCCCGCCCAGCGACCCGGCUAUACCGUGGACGGCGGCCAUCUUGCUUUGUAAUAGCUGCAUAAACCCUAUAAUCUACGCGACGAAGCAUCCAAACUUCAAACUUGUCUUUAGAUAUAUGCUGAGCUGUAAAUGCAACAAAAUUCCAGAGCAGUCAGAAUUUCUUCGAUCUGUGCGCUAUUUGAAUGCUCGCCGACAAUCACGUUAACGGAAGCCUUUUGACUGGAGUCCUUAGCACGCGAUGCGUCUUAUGCCUAACGUAGGACUACGUCAACGACCGGUGUGAUCUUUGACGCGCUUUGUGAGAGAAACAUCGUUCAAGGAGGUGUUGCAAAAUGAAAACUGUUACAAUUUUUAAAAAGUACUGUCCUGUGGGCAAUUUGCCUUCAGAGGCUGAAUUCAACGUAAUGGAAAUGAAGUCUCGUUUCAAUGGGCGUUAUCAGUAACAAAGUGGAGUUAUGUUAUAUUAUAGGAACAAUGACGAGAAAACAGAAGAUAUAUAGUUCUUCUGAAACCCAUGAUCGUAAAAGGGGGAAUAUUUGCCAUAUUUUGUCUAUUAAGAUAUUAAAACAGAUCAAAUUUUGUUAUCGCAUGCAUUGAAAUCAUGGAUGCAUAAUGACAGUCACAAGUCACAUCAUGUGACUUGAUAAGAUGUAUUAGAUUGAAGAUAUAGUUUUCAGAUGGUUCCAUUGGUUCUAUUAAUAUGUCGGUCGAUUGACAAAUAUUGUGAAGUGUCCAGAAGCACCAUGUUUAAAGCUGGUCGCCUGGAAAUGUGAUUAUCUCCUGUAUAGAAACUGAUGAUAAAUGUGACUGUUUCACCAGGCCGCGUAACCUCGCCCAUAAUAUUAUGCAAAUGGCAUGAAUGAUUUUAUUUGUGAUUAAACAUAUAUUUCCUGAAGCGAACAU